AUGUUGCAUCAGGCUCCGUCAAUAUAUCAGGCGCCAAAAUGCUUCGUCACGUACGGCACAAUGGGCCACGUUGAUCCAAAACAGAUCCCGAGCAAAGGGAAGCCUUGGACGGCCAUGUCUGAGCUCGAUUAUAUUCACAAGGUUGAUCUGAUUAUUCCUCAGGACGUAUAUGAUGUUGUCGUUCAAAAAAUGGCUGAGCGCGAAUCUCCCUCCUAUUAUAGAGUGGCCAUGUCGCUCGGCCAGGUAUUGGAAACGAAAUUUCUUACUCAAUAUAUCAAGCUUGAGGGAAUUCUCAAUCUCUACCUCGAUAGAGAGACAUAUGAACGCGCCGGACUUGAGGGAAAACCUCAUGGCAUCAAAGGCGACCGCGGAUCCAAGCCUAGGUGGAAAAUAUCAUACAAUCUCAGAGAAGAAUCAAUGCGGCAUGGACGAAAACGAUUUGAUAGAUUGCUAUAUGCAUGUAAGAAUGUAUUGAACCAGCCUAUGAAAUGGCUUGUCUGCAACGCCUCCAGCUCUGACCUGAAUAUGGAUCUACUAGAGGGUCUCAAUGCAGCAAAGGUCACAUCUUCACCGAGGCUAGCUUCAGAUACCGGAAUCAACCAAAUAUCUCUUGGGCUACCUUCCACGAUCCUCGCUCAGGGAGAUCGUGAGUCUCUGGAAUAUUCUGCAACAGAAACGUAUGAGUGGCUAUCGCUUGUUCGACUUGAAAGCCCUCGCAUAGUGACCGGGGACACCAUCGACCCUUAUCUCUCUCGAUACAGCCCACCAGAAGCCGAUAGCUCCACAGCCCAGACGCAGGUCUGUAAGUUGAGUUGGCAAGGCUUUUUGUCCUCAAGCUGGCUGCGAGGUCUAUUUGUUGACAUCGUCACCAACUGUCCCUCACAGUCUUGGUUUGCGCUUAGCGCAACGACCUUCUCUCGUAAUAUUCUCGGCGGAUGCAGCGAGUUGACCUUUCUUCGGCUGCCCGAGAGCUCAGGGGAAUUCCUCAUGUGGGAGAUUAAGAGUCUGGAUUGA